UGCUUGCUUGUUGGUCGCAAAGAGGAGAAAAACUCGUCAAAUCAACUCGGCUCAUCAUCAAAAAGCGUCACUUUCAAUAUUAUUGUGUGUGUGGUUUUGUGUGUGAAGUUCAGCAAUAGUUGGUUUCUUUCGUCGCUCAUCAAUCAAGAAACUUAACGAGAACACCAAAAACAAGCUUGGAGCUAAGUGUGGUCAAGAUCCAUGAAGUUUUUGACGUAAAUUAUUUCGGGUAGUAAAUAUGGCUGACGAACUCAAUGUUGACAGUCUAAUUCACAGGCUUUUAGAAGUUCGAGGAUGCAGGCCUGGCAAAACAGUUCAGAUGACGGAGGCGGAGGUCCGCGGCCUCUGCACCAAGUCCAGAGAGAUAUUCCUGCAACAGCCUAUACUACUAGAAUUGGAGGCGCCACUCAAAAUUUGUGGUGAUAUACAUGGUCAGUACACCGAUUUACUGCGCCUCUUCGAAUACGGCGGGUUCCCGCCUGAAGCUAAUUAUUUAUUCCUUGGAGACUAUGUAGACCGUGGGAAGCAAUCCCUGGAGACCAUAUGCCUUUUGCUUGCUUACAAAAUCAAGUAUCCUGAAAACUUCUUUCUUCUCCGAGGAAAUCAUGAAUGCGCUAGCAUAAAUCGUAUUUAUGGUUUUUACGACGAGUGCAAACGCCGAUACAAUAUAAAGCUGUGGAAGACUUUUACGGAUUGCUUCAAUUGCCUGCCAAUUGCGGCUAUCAUUGAUGAAAAGAUUUUCUGCUGCCAUGGAGGUCUCUCGCCAGAUUUGCAAGGCAUGGAGCAAAUCCGACGGAUAAUGCGACCCACUGACGUCCCUGACACAGGUCUGCUCUGUGAUCUGUUGUGGUCGGAUCCAGACAAAGAUGUUCAGGGUUGGGGAGAGAAUGAUCGUGGCGUAUCAUUUACAUUUGGCCCAGAUGUUGUCAGCAAAUUCCUCAAUAGACAUGACUUGGACUUGAUUUGCCGAGCUCAUCAGGUGGUAGAAGAUGGAUACGAGUUUUUUGCUAAGAGGCAGCUUGUAACACUUUUCUCUGCGCCAAAUUAUUGCGGCGAGUUCGAUAAUGCUGGAGGAAUGAUGUCUGUGGACGAGACACUCAUGUGUUCUUUCCAGAUACUAAAACCGUCAGAAAAAAAAGCUAAAUAUCAGUACAACGGCAUAAAUAGUGGGAGACCUGCUACACCGCAACGGUCACCACCUAAAAAAAAAUAACUGACGUUUGGGAUCCAGUGUGCUGCACAGUGAGAGGAAUGCUACAAAUGAAUAAUUAUAUAUUGAUUGUAUUAUAAUUACGUUUAGAGAAGUCAUCAGGCAGAGCCGAAUAUCUGUCAUGAAUGAUUAAAAAUUGUUUAUCAAUUGCUUGUGCCUUCUUGGUUAUUAUUAUUAUUAUUAAUGUGAGUGAUAUUAAUUUAUGAAUUUAGUUCUACAGAUAGUGGACAUGAAGAUAAGAAGACACGU